AUGUACGGUGCCGGCCCAGCCACGCCCGGGGCAAACCAAUCAGAAAGCCCUGUGGCUGCACUGCGAGCUAUUACAGGGUGGGCGUUAAGCCUGGAUGGCACCAAGGGACAGCCCGCCCGGACCCACCGUGCGACACCCACCGCGGGCGGCGUACGAUCACAAAACGAAGUACAAGCCCAGCUAAAGCAACGGAAACGUGUGAUAAAAUGUCUCGAGAGGACGCCUUGCAGCUCGACCCGGAAAUGCGUCGGCCGGAAGGGUCAGCACAGGGAGACUUAUCGUCCCCAGGAUAAUCCACGCGCGGACGCCUCAUGUCAGGAGUUCAGCUAUAACGAAAUCCACAACCGGCGGGUGGCGUUGGGCAUCACCUGCGUUCAGUGUACACCUGUGCAGCUGGAGAUUCUGAGGCGCGCUGGGGCUAUGCCUAUUUCAUCGCGAAGGUGGGUGUGGGAGAAGGGGGGUGUGGGCAUGAUCACGAAGCGGGAAGCGGAGAGGCUGUGCAAGUCCUUCCUGGGAGACAACUCGCCGCCGAAACUGCCCGAGAAUUUUGCCUUCGACGUGAUGCACCAGUGCGCGUGGGGUUGCCGGGGCUCCUUCGUUCCCUCCAGGGUACAAUAACAAUCCUCUCGCGCCAAAUGCAUCAAGUGCCUCUACUGUGCCAUGUUCUUCAGCCCCAACAAGUUCGUAUUCCACUCCCACCGCCUCUCCGACAGCAAAUACGUGCAACCCGACGCCGCCAACUUCAACUCGUGGCGUCGGCACAUUCGGCUGUCGGGAGAACCGCCGAUUGAAGUGCAACACGCGUGGGAGGACGUCAAGGCCAUGUUCAACGGCGGGACGAGGAAGAGGCUGAUGGCUGCCAAUAGCUAUGUGAGGCCCCGUGGUGUCCCUCAGCAGGGUGCAGGAUCCCGCGUGCCCAAGUCCCCCCGCCUCGAGACGCCCCUCUCGGAGCCGCCCGCCUUCGCCCCGCCCGCCCUCAAGGCCGUGGGCGGCGACCUGCCCCCACCGCCGUACCUCGCCCCGCUCCCGCCGCCGUACCCCGCCCACCACAAGGACGCCCGACAGACCUUACCCGACCCCGCCCCGGACGCCCGCCCGGCCGACCCCGAGGCGCCGGGACUCAGGCCCGCCCAUCUCUCCGCCUUCACGCCCGUGGCCCGCACCUCGCCCACGCCCACGCUGAGCGGCGACCGCGACGGAGGGGCGCCGCUGCCCGACUCCAGCAGACACUCGGACGACGAGACGGUGGACAUCGAGGCCACGGACGACGAGGCCGAGUCCAAGGGCGACAUGCACAAGCCCGACCCGUACAAGCCCGAGAGCUUCAAGAUCGACGCCUUCAAGGCCGACUCGUUCAAGGUGGAGAGCUACAAGGGCGACGCCUACAAGCCCGAGCUCUUCAAGCCCGACAGCUUCAAGCCCGACUCGUACAAGCCUGACGCCUGCAAGGCCGACACCUGCAAGGGCGGCCUGCCGAAGCACCUCGCCCUUGACUUCGAGGGCUACAAGGGCGACUCCCACAAGGGCGGCGAGGACCACGCCGCCGGCGACACCGAAGGGGGAGCAGCCGACGCGCCCUCGCCCUCCAGCGACGUCAGGAGCCCCAAGGACGACCACGCCCGCAAGGAGGACCGCCUGCACAGAGAAGAGCACGCCCACAGAGAGGAGCUCGCCCACACGCCCCACUCCCUGGCCGAGGAGGAAGCCCCGCGGCCAACUCGAGCAGCACCUUGA